AUGUUUUUCUCCAUGGCUCCGAAACGGCUUCUGCCUUCCUGGAACGGGUAUGUCGCAGUUUGCCUCCUUCUUUCUCCCAUCAUGGACUCGGUCUCUGCAGUCACACAUUAUUCUGUUCCUGAGGAAAUGGAGGAAGGCUCAAUCGUAGCAAAUUUAGCCGCUGAUUUGGGAUUAGAUGUUAAGAGUCUGCGCGACAGAAAAAUGCGCGUUGACGUGGUGGGGAACAAAAAAUACCUCGAUAUAAACAAAGACACGGGUGAGCUUUUUAUCGCUGAAAGGAUUGACAGAGAGGUUUUGUGUCCCUUGAAGACAGCCUCCUCCUGCUUCCUUAGACUUGAUGCGCGAAUUGAAAACCCGGUUCGGAUGUUUAACAUAGAAGUAGAGAUAACAGAUAUAAAUGACAACGCUCCACAUUUCAGACGAGGAACGAUGGAUUUGGACAUUUCAGAGUCAAGCCCCGUGGGGGAGAGGUUCUCACUGAAUAACGCAGCGGAUCCAGAUGUGGGAACAAACUCGGUGAAGAAUUAUCACCUGAGCGCAAGUGAUCAUUUCACUAUAGAGAUACAAACUGGACGAGAUGGGACAAAGUUCGCUGAUUUGGUUCUGCAAAAACCUCUGGACAGAGAGCAGCAGGCUGUUCAUAAUCUAAUUCUCACCGCUGUGGAUGGCGGAGUGCCCACGCGCACAGGUACAGCCAGCAUCAUUGUGCGCGUGCUCGAUGUGAACGACAACGCCCCUUCAUUCGACAAAGACAAAUAUGUUGUAGAUGUGAUGGAGAACUCUCCUAUUGGUAGCUUGGUGAUGAAACUGAAUGCUACAGAUUUAGAUGAAGGGUCCAACUCUGAUGUUGUUUAUUCUUACAGUUUGUACACAUCAGAGAGAACCCAGGAGAUGUUUCAGCUGAAUCCAGAAAAUGGUGAAAUCAGAGUGAAAGAAAUGAUCAAUUAUGAAGAUUUGAAACUGUAUGAGCUGGAGGUGAUAGCCAGUGACAAGGGACACAAUUCAUUAUCUGAGCAGUGCAGAGUGACAAUCCAGGUCACUGAUAUGAAUGAUAAUCAUCCAGAAAUAUCUAUUAAAUCCUUCCAGAGUCCAGUGAAGGAAGACGUGGCCACAGACACGGUGAUAGCUGUAGUUAGUGUGAGUGAUAAAGACUCAGGGGACAAUGGACUGGUUGAUCUUCAUAUUCCAGACAACAUGCCCUUCAAACUGAGGGAGUCCUCUGAUAAUUAUUAUGAGUUAGUGGUGUCAGAGCCAUUAGACCGAGAGAAGGUCCCAGAGUAUGACAUCACUUUCACUGUGACAGACAGAGGUUCUCCUCCUUUAUCUGACAAUGAAACAAUGACUUUAGAGCUGCUGGAUGUUAAUGACAAUGUUCCCCAGUUCCCCCAGUCUUUUUAUACCAUACGUGUGAUGGAGAAUAACGCCCCCGGGGCCUUGCUCAGCUCCCUCACUGCCUUUGACCCUGACCUCCAUGAGAACCAGUAUCUAGUGUAUUUCAUCCUGGAGAAGGAGAUCGCCAACACCUCCAUGUCCAUGCUGUUCUCCAUCAACCCAGAGAACGGGAACCUUUAUGCACUGAAGACCUUUGACUAUGAGAUAGAGAAGGACUUUGUUUUCCACAUCGAGGCCAGAGACUCUGGUUCUCCUCCUCUCAGCAGUAACGUGACCGUCCACAUCAUCAUUGUGGACCAGAAUGACAACGCUCCAUCUAUCGUGUCUCCGUGGUGUGAGCGUGGCUCGGUGGUGGAAGAGAAGAUCCCCAGAUCCACUGACAAAGGCUCUCUGGUUGCCAAGGUGAUAGCCUUGGACAAGGACUCUGUGCACAACUCUCGGAUCACCUACCAGUUCCUGCAGCUGGCUGACGCCUCCUUGUUCAGUCUGGACCAGUACAACGGAGAGAUCCGGACCAUGAGGAUGUUCAGUUACAAAGACCCGCGCCACCACAGGCUGGUUGUUGUUGCCAAGGACAACGGGGAGCCCGCUCUGUCUGCUACAGUCACCAUCAAGCUGCUGACAGUGGAGACUGCUGUGAAGGCCUACUCUGACAUGACUGAGAUGUCUCUGGAAUACGACAUCUUCUCAGACAUCAACCUGUAUUUGGUGAUCGGUCUGGGCUCGGUGUCCUUUCUGCUGCUGAUCACCAUACUGGUGACCAUCGUGCUGAAGUGUCAGAAGGUGAAACCCAGCAAAUCGGCUCCUCCCAGCAGGAACAGCGUGAUCAGUGAGAGGAACUCCACCAUCGCAGACUCCACUCUGGUGUCCAACGAUGCCUACUGGUACAGUCUGUUUCUAGCAGAGACCAGGAAAGGAAAGCUGGUGGUCAGACAGCCUGUGCCAAAGGGCUCCAGAUACAUGGUGUCCAGCAUCCCCAGAGGGACAGGACUGUCAGAGACCAGCGACUCAGCAGCGUCCACUCUACAGGUAUAG